GUCACGACACUGUGGUGGACGAUCAACAUGGCGGCGCACAGUCUCCCGUCACCGCUGAGCAGGCUGCUGUUUGCUGUAAAGUAUUCCCCACUCCGGUCCAGAUGUUGUGCUGUGCAAAGAAAGGCUCAAUAUUCCACCAUAUCGAAUCCCACUGAAAAGACCUUUGAUAAGAUCCUCAUCGCAAACAGAGGAGAGAUUGCUUGCAGGGUGAUCAACACGUGUAAGAAGAUGGGGAUCCGGACUGUAGCUGUUCACAGUGACGUAGACUCCAAUGCUGUUCAUGUAAAGAUGGCUGAUGAGGCGGUCUGUGUUGGCUCCGCCCCCACCAGUAAGAGCUACUUGAACAUGGAUGCCAUCAUGGAUGCCAUCAGAGUGACUGGAGCACAAGCUGUUCAUCCUGGUUAUGGGUUUCUCUCUGAAAAUAAAGAGUUUGCAAAACGACUGGCAGCAGAAGGUGUGGCAUUCAUUGGCCCAGACACCCACGCUAUCCAGGCAAUGGGGGAUAAAAUAGAAAGUAAGCUGAUUGCAAAGGCUGCUAAGGUCAACACUAUCCCAGGAUUUGAUGGAGUUGUCAAGACUGCAGAGGAGGCUGUGAAGAUUGCACAGCAGAUUGGUUACCCUGUGAUGAUCAAAGCCUCUGCAGGUGGAGGAGGGAAAGGCAUGAGGAUUGCAUGGAAUGAUGAGGAGACAAGGGAAGGUUUCCGCUUCUCAUCGCAGGAGGCAGCAUCCAGCUUCGGAGAUGACAGGCUGCUCAUUGAGAAAUACAUAGACAACCCCAGACACAUAGAGAUUCAGGUGUUGGCUGAUAAACAUGGUAACGCUCUGUGGCUCAAUGAGAGGGAGUGCUCCAUCCAGAGGAGGAACCAGAAGGUGGUGGAAGAGGCGCCCAGUACUUUCCUGGACCCUGCCACGCGACGGGCGAUGGGUGAACAGGCAGUUCAGCUGGCCAGAGCUGUGCAGUACUCCUCUGCUGGAACUGUGGAGUUUCUAGUGGAUUCUAAGAAGAACUUCUAUUUUCUGGAGAUGAACACACGACUACAGGUGGAGCAUCCAAUCACAGAGUGUAUAACGGGCUUGGACCUGGUGGAGCAGAUGAUCAGGGUUGCCAAAGGUUACCAGCUGCAGCACACACAGGAAGAUAUCCCAAUAGAUGGCUGGGCCGUUGAGUGUCGUGUCUAUGCAGAGGAUCCUUACAAGUCUUUUGGCCUUCCUUCCAUUGGACGACUGUCUCAGUACCAGGAGCCACUCAGCCUUAACAAAGUCCGUGUGGACAGUGGCAUUCAGGAGGGAAGUGAGAUCAGCAUCUACUAUGAUCCCAUGAUCUCUAAGCUGAUCACCUACGGAGCUACACGAGCCGAAGCCCUGGCUAGGAUGGAGGAUGCUCUGGAUCACUAUGUGAUCAGAGGUGUGACCCACAACAUUCCUCUCUUGCGAGAAAUCAUCACCCAUCCUCGCUUUGUCUCUGGUGACAUCAGCACAAACUUCCUCCCAGAGGUUUACCCUGAUGGCUUUAAGGGGCAUCAGCUCGGGGUGGACGCACACAGGGAGCUGCUGGCAGCAGCAGCAGCGCUCCACGUGUCUGCAGAGCUUCGCUCACAGAAGCUCCUCGGUGACCAGAGGGUGGCCUCCGCUCCUGUGGAGUGUAACCGCUGGGAGCUGUGUGUGGAGCUGGGGGAGGAACGCCGUGCUGUGGAAAUCAGCAAAUCAGGAGCUGGUUAUACUGUGGAGAUGGAUGGAGCAAAGGUGGAAGUUUGGGGAGCAGUCAAUCUGGCCUCUCCUCUGCUGCCGCUCACCAUCAACGGCGCUCACAGAAUGCUACAGUGCCUUUCUAGAGAUGCUUCAGGAAUGAUUGUCCUUCAGUACCUGGGCACGCUGUUUAAGGUUCGAGUUCUCUCCAUGUUGGCUUCAGAGUUGAACUCCUACAUGCCAGAAAAAGUUUCCGAGGACACCAGCAGCAUCCUGCGGUCACCGAUGCCGGGCACAGUUGUGGCUGUAUCUGUCAAGCCUGGAGACACGGUCGCAGAAGGUCAGGAGAUUUGUGUUAUUGAAGCCAUGAAGAUGCAGAACAGUUUGACUGCAGUGAAGCAAGCAAAGGUUAAGAGUGUCCAGUGUAAGCCGGGGGAGACGGUGGGGGAAGGAGACCUGCUGGUAGAGCUGGAAUAAAACAGCUGCUUCCCUUUGUGACUUCAGACUGCCCACUCAUGGACAUCAGGACAGAGAGCAGCACUGAAGACUCAACAAUAACUCCUCUCUGAUUUCUCUGUGGAGCUGACUGUGACUCAGUGCUGCUGUGGUCUCUGAUCCCAAAUCCUCCUGUUGGCAUUUCAUUUUAUUAGUUAGUAGAUUUGGUUGUUGGCAGGUCAAACAUUGAAAUAACAAAGAUCAUGUGAACCCUAAUAAAAUAACUAGUGUUACCUUUGGGCCCAUUGGUGCCUGUGCGGGUCGUUUCUGUUUGUUACAUUUUUGUGUUUUACAUUAAAG